GGCGGCGAGCGAGGGCCGGAACCAUGUUUCGCGCGGAACGUUGGUGCCGGGCGCGGUUGCGGGCGGGGCCGAGGGACGGCGGAUCUUCCUGCGGCCGCUUCGCGGGAGCCCCGCCCCCCGGAAGGCCUCCCGCGGGUCGUCCGCCGCCGGCUGCCGCCAUGUACCGGCCGGGCUUCCGGCCCCCCACGCCCCCCUGCUCCGGCGGCUUCCGCGGCCCCCACCCGGACAGAGGCGGCGGCCCUCCCUUCCCGGGCUCCCCUCAGGGCUACGGGAGCCCCCGGCACACGCCCCCCUACGGGCACCGCGCGCGGCCCUACGACUUCGGGGGCCCCUCGCCGCGCAGGCCCCUUAGCGCCAGCCCCGCCGGCGGCGGCUACGCUCCCUACGGCGGGGGCGGCAGGUCCCCCGGAGGAGGAGGAGCCUUCCAGCAGCAGCAGCAGCCGCCGCCGCCUUUCAAGCAGCGGCACUCCGGGGGCUUCCGGAGAUUCAGCCAGGGAUCACCCAGGACAUCUACCCCAUUGGGAACACCACAUGGUAGAGAGAAAAGAGUGUCUAAUGAUGAUGUGGAAAACUAUUACAAACCUUCAAUGCUUGAAGACCCCUGGGCUGGCCUAGAGCCCGUAUCCGUUACGGAUGUUAACCAGCAGUACAGCAGUGAGCAAACCACAUACACUGGCAAAAAGGGGAGGUAUUUCAGUUAACAUUUAUGCAAGUGAAAAAACAACUGUGAGAAAACUGGGCCCAAAGUUCAUACGUAAGAUGGCAAGUAAUAAAGAACUUAGAAAAUGCUUUUAUUUGAACUGACCAUAUGGAAGUGGGACAUCAGCCUAUGGAAAGCAAAGUAUUCUUUAGUCACCAGCAAAUCAGUCUGUGUCAGUUUCUUAUAUUCAUCUCUUCCAUGCCAUAUUAUACAGUAUUAAGCUGAGAAAGUGGUAUAUUUUAGGUUUGAACAUUUUUAGAACAAAGUUUUAAAAUAAAGUAAAUGUUUUGUAAAACUCACAAAUGCUUUACUACUUUUUGUUAAGUCAUACCAGAGGUAAUGCUAUUGAAAUUUCUUGCGGCCUGUAAAUACAAGCAGGUUACAGAAGCUAUUACACAAUAUCUGCUAAAAUUGUUUAACAUUAGAAUUGCCAAUCUUGCAACCUCUUCUGUUCAGAAAGUCAUCUAUACCUAUAUAUUUUCGUAUUGAAAAAUUCUAUUUCGGAACAAAACUUUACUAUUUUGUAACAAAAGACCACCUUAUAAAAAUCCAUGUUGAACCUGCAUACAAAAAUUACCUUAUUUAAAUAAGCCACUAAGUAGAACUGGGUAAACCUAGGGGCAAGUAGGUUUUGUGCACCUGAUAAAUACACUGCUUCUGUCAGUUUUUCAAAUGUCACCUUUUGUUAGGACUUUUAUUUAGGAGUACAAGAUGACUGGGCUUUGCUAGUUUGGUUUUUGCUCUACAUUUCAGAAGCAGAUUAAUAGAGAACGAAAUAAGUUAGUGCAAAAUCUUUAACUUGAGUCUGAUUAUUUUUUGAAACCUCACAAGAAUACAUUUUGUGCUACUUGGCUUUGUAGACACUUGAGUAACUGGACUUGCUUUAGUUAAAAAAUAUGCAGCUUUUCAUGACUUUAUUUCUGUAGCCUUCAUGGUGGAUUUAUUCACCAGCUGUGCUUAUAACUUCUGGACUACUUAUUUUAUAUUACUGCUGCUAUACCAGCAGGAAUGGAAAGUAUAAACAUUCACAUUUUUCCUAAUUUAAAUCUAAUGGAGGAAUUAAAUAUUUUAAUAAGGAAAUCUAGCAAUGAGUUGGUUAUGCAUAUAAUUUAGAGGUGCAUUCAGACAACACUUUUUUUUUAAGCUCACCCCCAAAUAGAUUUACUUCUAAAAAAGGAUUUAGAGGUUUGCAUACAGAGCUGUUGGAUAAUGUCCAAUGCCUAUGAUGCAGCGUUCUCUGUGUAGUGGGCUAAAUUGUGAACUUCAAAAGCUACAGAGGGUAUGUAUGUAAAAGUGUAUCAGCACAGUUUAAUGUUUAGUACUUUUUAGAAAUCAAAUAACCAACUGUUUUGGAUUUCUAUAAUACAAAAUGUUCCCAAAGGGUAUGGAUUUGAUUUGAUUUUGAUUUUUUAAAUAAAGAUGCUGUUGAAAUCGAAGCAUCAGUUCUACAUUGUUUUGGGACAAGUCUUUUCACAAUAAACACAUCCCAUUUCCCCGUAUGAUUACUCAUGAGUCACGCGCAUUUGCUAGUCAUUGAAACCAGAUUAGCCUUCUGAAAUCUGAGUAAGCAAUUAGCAGUGCCAAGAACCUGCAUUAACAACAUAUAAUCUUAAACUACUAAAGCUUGUGUUUAUAUGCAAUAUAAGGCUGUGGAAAUUGCUGACAAGCAGCUCAUCACAUGGGAGCUGUAACAUUUGAACAGCUGCCAUCUAUGUUACUGGUGGAUUUUAAGUGUUCCAAUGAACCUGCAGCCCCCUUCUACUUGUUUAGCCAAUUCAUGUGAGUAAUCUCUCCUUUUAAGCCAAAUUAUUCUUAAAUAAACUGAAUUUAAUACAA